AUGGUUUUGCGUUGUGCGUGGGGAACAUGCAAUGCAGAUGAGAGAUAUCCCGAACGACUAAAUGGAGGACGAUUUAUUUUGUUCCCCAAGCCGAAGACGGAGCUAGAAAAAUGCAAGCGAUGGAUAAAAAACUGCGGAAGACCGCACGAACAGCUAAACUUGGAACGCGUAAACAAACAUAAGGCAGUGUGCUCGUCAGUAAGUAAGCUCUUUUGCUUGUUUCUUGAUAUAGCAUUCUCUACUAUAGAAAUUAAUUACCUGGAAUCUAUGCCUUAUCUUUAACAGCACUUUGUAGGUGGAAACGGACCAACUGAAAAAUGGCUAGAUCCGGUUCCAGCCGACGGCAUCCCACCCGUUCCAGCACGAAAACUGCCAGCAAAAAGAAGACAUGCAUCCCUUCCCAGUGAAUGUCCUCCGCCAAAACAGUUUCGGGCAAAUACUACCUGCCCUACGAGUGUGGAGGAGGGACAAGGGGAGGCUUCUGUUUCACUAUUAAUGUAAUUUUAGGUGUUUUGUGGCAUGCUAACCGAUCCACGAUCGAUCUUGGUCAAUUUGAAGCCAUAAGCAUAUAAGUAGGAUAUUAUAUUUUUAGGGAACAAUUGCCUACCUCUUAUAAAAUCCGCAUAGGUAACAAUAAUUUACAACAAAUUUUAUUGAUUACACUAGUUAAGUUAAGGAACUUAAACAUUGUUUUAAAGGGAUUCAAGUAUCCUUGAUUUGCCAGCAGAGGCCACAAACACGAACUUAUAUAGAGGAAACGAGCACGCAGACUGA